AUGGAGCCUCUAAUUGAGCCCCGGCAUCUUGCAGAGUGGCCGGGUGCUGUUAGCAGCAGGUUCACAGACAAGUUCACGGGCCUGCCUCUGUGCAGGAAGAAGGUUGAUGCCAACAACGCUGCCGGGGAGCCAACAGGGCUCGCAAGGCAGGGCUUCAGCCAGUUCUUCGCAGAUACGGAGGGGCUGAAGAUCUGCCAGGGCCGGAAGUACAUUCCAGUCUCCACGGGGGAGAACUACCAGUGGCGGCCCUCCAAGAGGCAGCUAUCAGAGCCGGGCCUACACAACAUCGAGAAGAACGAGGGCAAGCUACGGGUGCAGCCUCCCCCGACCCAGGUUUUCUCUAUUCCGGAGCGUCGCCAUGUCCGUAUGGUGGAGUCUAAGGAGGAGUAUGGAGACCUCGCGGUUGGCAAAGGAAUCGUUCACCGGGCCCCCGGUCUCCGCGCCGCAGAAGUUGCAGCCAGGGAGGUGGAUGUCACCGUGGAGAUGCAGCGCAAGGCCAGAAACCAGGAGCUGGACUUGAAGCACAAUGGCAUAG